GUGUUUUAACUUGUUCUACCGUUCAAGUUAGGGUCAGAUGACGCAAAUAUCCGGAAGUUCAAUGUUUGGUACAAGGCAACCAAAAUGGCAUUGCUCAUAAGGUCACUAGGCUGUAAGAACUUGCUGAGGCAGCAGGCACUUUUUUUUAAUAAAAAGUUGCCGAUGACAUCCUCAGCUUAUGAUGAAAUGAGCAAUUUCUGGAAGAAGAACAGAGAAUUGGAGCGACCAAUGUCUCCGUUUCUUUCCUCUUACAAGCCGCAUUUAGCCAUGAUGACAUCCUUAGCACAUCGGAUCUCUGGUGUAACAAUGUCUUUAGCCAUCUCUGGAGUUGCCAUCACAUUGAUGUGCCUACCCAGUGACUUCUGCACGUACUUCGACAUGAUAAAAGAUCUCAACGUGCCACCCUUGAUUAUUUACGCAUUCAAAUAUGCAUUGGCCGGACCAGUCACAUACCAUUACCUUAAUGGAUUUCGGCAUCUGGCCUGGGAUGGUGGCGUGGGGUUCGGACUGAAGGAACUCUACAAGUCGGCGUACUUCGUCAUGGCGCUCACGUUUGCCGUAGCCUCUGGUUUCGUCUUCUUGAUGUAAAAACAGUCGUGAAAAUUGUGACGCUUCGUGAACUAGUGCUGUUAAUAUUGCUGAAUGCCAUUUCGGACUACAAUUGAUAGAAUUUCAAUAAAACAAUCGUCUGUUGAUAACAAAUGUAUUCAGUUGUGCUUACAAAGUUUCAAUUCUUAUGAUUAACACUGAAUUCAGACUUCCAACUUGUCAUUGCUGAGUAAAUGAUGUAUUUUUUCAGAUUUUUAUCCAAUUUCACAUUUUUUAUUGUUAUCUGGGGAGGUUUUGGGUGGUGGAGUGAUUGGGACAGCAUCAAAUAGUUAAAAGUUCCAUUUUCAUUUACAACUGGGUAUCAAUACUAUCAUAUUGGUAUGAUUUGUGGAAUUGGUCAAGGACUUCCUAGAGCAUUUGGUGCAUGGCUUUUUAUGGUUCAGACUUUUAAACAUACUGUAUCUAUAAAAGUUUGACCGUUGAGAAAAAUACAUACAGGUGGCUAUAGCCACCAGGAACAAUGUGUAUAAUUGUAAAGGAUAAGAAUUUGGGAAAAAAAUGUGGCAACGGUUGCGCUGCUUGUACCUGUAGUUAGGGUAUCGUAACAGAAACCAACGACUUGGUCUCGGUUACUGAUGACCAUGUCGAUGUCAGCACUAUGUUAUCAUAUAUACAGCACCUGUAGUUAUGGAAACAGGAACCAUGGAUUUAAGUCUUGGUUACUGAAAAGCAUGUCAAAAUCAGCACCAUGUUAUCGUAUUUCAGGUCUCGAAACGGCCUGUGGCCAAGUCGCCAAGUGCGACCAAUGUCCCAUUUGGGCGACUUGAAUAUUAAAAAAAUAAUGGCAUUAGUCGUCCAAAUAAUGCUAUUAUUUGAGCGAUCUACUUUAGAUCUAUAACAUAUAAGCCACUAUUAAUAUUUGUAUUGCAUCUAUUUAUUCCACAUUAAAAUCUUUCUCGUGGUUUGUGGUUAGCUUACCAUAAUUUGCCAACCUCCAUUAUUUUUGGGACCACCAUAUUUUUUGGCAACUUUCUGCCCUGGUAUCUACAGUAAGUGUUGCUGCAGAAAAUUGACCUUUGCUACCGUGAAACAAACUGUCCGUUAUAGUUCAAAACACUUGAAUUUUGUACAAUUCUCUUCUUCGAUUCAGUGUGUUUCAUUACAUAAGAUAAAUGGAAGUGUAACCGAUUAAUAGGUUACGUGAAAUCUCCAGCUGUAUUUGAUGCCAUUUUGUAUGUACCAAUAUCUUGUAAAAAUUAAAAAGACAACAUAUAUAUACGUUCAAAUCUCGCCAAGAUGUACAUGGCUUGUAAUAAAACAUAAAUGAUCACA